AAGUCCUCCAGCCCGGGUCAUAGUGCAGUGUGUUGUCAUGUGAUACCCCCCCCCCCUCCUCCCCCGCACUUUGGCCGCCGAGUCUUGGGAUUUGUCGCUGUCAGCCCGCCUCGCGCCCGCCUUGCGCCCAGCCUAGGCCGACCACUGGAUUUACACCCGACGGGGUCGUCCCCGAGCGGCUGCCCGGAGCCCACGCCCAUGGCGUCGUCCGGGCCGCCCAGUGACUGCCGGCCCCCGGGGGCGGCGCCGGCGGUGGGGGCGGCGGCCGCGGCGGCACCGCUCAUCGGAGGGCGGGCGCAGGGCCGGCGACCAGCCUGGGCGCCAUGUCCCUGAACCGCAGGGCCCGCGGGGGCCAGGGGGGCGUGGCGCAGGACGGCGCCCCCCCGCAGACGUGCCACAACUCGCCGCUGUGGAGCGCGACGGGCUCGCCGCGCCGCAUGCCCGGCGGCGCGCCCUACGCCCCGCUCAACGCCAUGGGCGGCACGCUGGGCGGCGCGCUGGGCGGGCCCCUGGGCGCCAGCGUGCACGCGCUGCCCGGCGCCGAGUGCACCGUGCUGCCGCACGCCCCGCACCAGCCCGCCCAGCAGCACUGCCGCCACCCGGCGCACGCCGCGCACCACGCCGCGCACGCCGCCCACGCCGCGGCGCACGCCGGGCCCAACGCCGUCCACCCCACCGCCUUCAGCGCGUCCAUGCAGGACAUCGAGCUGGAGCUCCAGCAGCACAUCCAGCAGUGCAACUGCACCUGCGACCACAUGGGCUACGGCAACUACAUGGACUACCAGACGACGUGCCUGUCGGAGCUGCCGGACGUGGCCGCCCCCCGCUGCAACGGCCGCCUGCCGCUGUCGCACUCCCACAUCCACCUCGGGUACCCGGACUCGGCGUCGUCCUGCUCGAGCAAGGACAGUGCGCCCGAGGCGAGAGGCGGACGGGUGGCGCGCUUCAAGCCGUGGUGCGUGUGCCUGCUGGUGUGCGCCGUGUGCCUGGCGCUUAUCUUCGCCAUUGCUAUGCCGCUCACCCUGCGCGGGGCCAAGAGCCUCGCCACGCACGAGGACCGGCUGGACCUCGUCAGAAGACUGCUCAAAGAAGUGCCCCUCAUCGACGGGCACAACGAUCUGCCCUGGAACAUGCGCAAGUACGUGCACAACCAGAUGGGCAGCUUCAACUUUUCCAAGCUCGACACGGCCGAGCCCUGGAAGACGAGCAACUGGUCUCACACGGACCUUACAAGACUGAGGACCGGCAUGGUUGGAGCUCAGUUCUGGUCGGCGUACGUGCCUUGUGGAGCUCAGUUCCUCGAUGCCGUACAGCUCACGCUGGAGCAAAUCGAUGUGAUCAAGAGACUGGCAGAAAUGCACCCUGAUUCUCUAAGAAUCGCGACCACUGUGAAAGCAAUCCGCGACGCCCACCAGGGUGGGCAGAUCGCGUCCCUGAUCGGCGUGGAGGGCGGCCACACGCUUGGCAACUCGCUCGCCGUCCUGCGCAUGUACUACGGCCUGGGCGCGCGCUACCUCACCCUCACGCACACGUGCGACACGCCGUGGGCGGACUGCUCCGUUGGCGAGAAGGACCUUCAAACCACGGACGACUCAAAGAAGCCUGCCAGACACAAAAGCGGCCUAUCUCACUUCGGAAAGCUCGUGGUGAAGGAGAUGAACCGCCUGGGCAUGAUGAUCGACCUGUCGCACGCCUCCGUGCGGACCAUGGAGGACACGCUCAACGUGACGCAGGCGCCGCUCGUGUUCAGCCACUCCUCGGCCCGCACCAUCUGCAACUCGACGCGCAACGUCCCCGACGAGAUCCUGCAGCAGGUGGCGAACAACGGCGGCAUCGUCAUGGUCAACUUCUACACUUACUUCGUCACCUGCAACCACACGGCAGACCUGCAGGACGUCAUAAAUCAUAUCAAUCACAUCAGAAAGGUGGCGGGUACAGACCACGUCGGGAUUGGUGCGGGUUACGACGGAAUAAACAAGACUCCGCGGGGCCUGGAGGACGUUUCGAAGUACCCCGACCUGCUGGCGACCCUGCUAGCGGACCCGAUGUGGACGGAGGACGACGUCAAGAAGCUGGCGGGCGGCAAUCUGUUGAGGGUCUUCAGUGCCGUGGAGGAGGUGCGGGACAAGUGGCGGCUGGCCGCCGUGCCGCCGAGCGACGAGCUCAUCGGGAUGAACUACCUGGAGGGAAAGACAGAAUGCCUGUGGAUGGGGUCUUGAUCGAGCAACGACUCGCGGCCACUGGGAGCUGCGAGCACGCGCCUAUUCACCCCCGUCGCCCACGUACCGGCCGAGGCCACCGUCUCGUCCUGGUGUCAGCCCGGCCUCGCCGGGCGGUCCAACUCAACACAGCUGUCAGCAGGAGGAGCGUUUUUUCCGUCCACGUCCUCUCAGUCUAGUUGCGCGGCCCAGUUCCGAAGCGGGCCAUUGUCGGGAGCCAUGCUGCUGGAGGCCAAAGGACACACGUUUGCGCAGCGAUGACGUCCUUGUCCCCUUCGAUUACGGUGCCCAACCCCGGAAUUUGGUUUUGUUUGAGAAAAUGUAAGUCAAGAAGGCCAAGAAGAUUCGCAUGUUUUUCAAAAAAAA